AUGUUCCUGGAUGCCUUCCCCCAAAUGGACAGUGACUUCAAAGACGGUGCUAUCCAGGCUUUGGUCGUCGCCAUCUACGAAAUCGGUUGUCUGCUCGGCUCUUUCCUCAUCAUCGGCUGUGGUGACAAGCUCGGCCGGAGAAAAUCCGUCCUGAUCGGCACCAUGAUCAUGCUCAUCGGCACCGUCAUCCAAACUGCUUCCGUCACCAUGGGCAUGUUGAUCGUCGGCCGCAUUGUAACCGGUGUAGGAAACGGCAUGAACACUUCGAGUAUCCCCGUCUGGCAGUCCGAAAUGGCUCCGCCCAAGAUUCGUGGUUUCCUCGUGCUGUUCGAAGGUGCCCUGAUCACUGGCGGUAUCAUGGUCAGCUACUGGAUCAACUACGGCUUCUGGUUCGUCACGCAGUACGGCUCUUUCCAGUGGCGCUUCCCCAUCGCCUUCCAGGCCGUCUUCGGUAUUUUGCUCAUCCUCGGUGUCCUUGCUUACCCGGAGUCGCCUCGUUGGCUGCUGAAGCACAACAAGGAGGCCGCUGCUCGCGACAUCAUGGCCCACCUCUACGACAGCACUCCGGAUGAUGAGAGAAUCAACGCCGAGGUCCGGGAUAUCCAGAAGAUCAACGCCAUCACCGGUGGCAAGAAGCUCACCGUCAAGGAGUUCUUCAGCAAGGGACCCGAGAUGAACCGCUGGCGUGCCACCAUUGCCUUUUGCUCUCAGGCAUUCCAGCAGAUUGGUGGUCUGAACUUGGUCACUUACUACGCUACCACCGUCUUCGAAGACUCGCUCGGUUUCGAUGCUGAGCUCUCCCGCCUAAUGACCGGCUGCUUGGGCACUGAGUUCUUCAUCGCCGCCCUUGUCGCCCUGUUCAUCGUCGACCGCCUAGGCCGCCGUCGCCUCAUGCUCUGGGGUGCCAUCGGCAUGGCCAUCUCCCUACUGAUCGUCGGUGCUUGCUUGUCAGCCGGCACCAAGCCGCCUGCCUACGUCGCCACCGUCUUCAUCUUCGUCUACAACUCGUUCUUCGCCAUGGGUUGGCUCGGUGUCACUUGGCUUUACCCGGCCGAAAUUACGCCCAUCCGCAUCCGUGCCGAAGCUAACGGCCUGUCGACCAGCGCCAACUGGAUCUUCAACUACGCCGUCGUCCAGCUCGCCCCCAUCAUGAUCAACAAGAUCGCCUGGGAGACGUACUUUGUCUUCAUGUGCUUCAACUGGGCCUUCGUCCCCAUCGUCUACUUCACCUUUGUCGAGACGAACGGCUACCCGCUCGAGAAGAUGGACGCCAUCUUCGCCGAGGCGUACGAGAAGAACGAGAACCCGGUGUGGACCGAGCGCCGCGUGCGCAAGGGCGAGGUGCUCGACGUCGAGAAGACGAUCGAGGACGCCGAGAACAUGGCCGAGAACCGCGGCGACGUCCCGCGCCGCAGCCACAGCCAGGAUGGCGAAGGUACCAACUCCGACUCGGACUGGGAGAAGAGCAGGAGCAACCAGAAGGAGAUGAACUAA